AUGGCCAUAAGGAUUGAUGUAACGGAUCCAGGGCGAUGGAAGACUUUGAGGUUGAAAACAGAAACCAGCCAGCAUUUACCACUGGCCCUGUCGUCGCAUCAGCAUCUUUCGUUACUAUGGAACGAAGCAUCUGUCGUCAAUAAGACACUCGAUCAGGACAAGAGCUAUAAAAUGGAAAGGCAACUCGAGGCGGCAGUAGACGUCGUUACGUCCGACCAUUAA